GACCUGUCAUACAAUCAUCUCGAGGGUCAAAACCCGCAAUAUGGAUAUGAUUGUCUGCCCCCAUCACUGGCACAUAACAAAACUGCAAGGUAUGAAGCAAGAAAUGGCUCCAAGAAAAAAAUAGCAAUGUUUACUCCCAUCAUUUCCCUCCCCAUCAUAGUUUUCCUUUCAUUUCUUGCAUUUGCAUGUUUUCGCGGUCACAAGGCCCAGAAAAAACAAAUUGAGACAAAGGCAAUGAAAAAUGGGGAUAUUUGCUCGAUAUGGAAUUACGAUAGAAGAAUCGCAUAUGAAGACAUCAUCAAAGCAACAGAUGACUUUGACAUCAGACACUGCAUUGGAACCAGUGGUUAUGGCAACGUAUACAGAGCUCAGUUGCCAUCUAGCAAAGUAAUUGCGUUGAAAAAACUCCAUCAUUUGGAAGCAGAUGAGCCAGCUUUCGACAAGAGUUUCAGAAACGAAGUGCAAAUGUUAACUAAUAUCCGACACCGAAACAUAAUCAAGCUUUAUGGGCUUUGUUUGCACAACAGAUGCAUGUUCCUAGUGUACGAGUACAUGGAAAGGGGUAGUUUGUUUUGUUCCUUGAGAAUUGAGGCUGAAGCUGUUGAAUUAGGAUGGACUCUGAGGGUAAACAUUGUUAAAGCAAUAGCACAUGCUCUAUCCUAUUUGCAUCAUGAUUGCACCCCACCUAUUGUUCAUCGGGAUAUAUCAAGCAACAACAUUCUAUUGAACUUUAAAUUGGAAGCUUUUGUUUUCGACUUUGGCACUGCUAGACUGCUACCUCCCGAUUCAUCGAAUCAAACUGUUAUUGCAGGCACUCAUGGAUAUAUUGCUCCAGGUAGCAAAAAAUACCUUUCCUUUUAACUUUUUUAAAUAGAAAGUGAAGUUUAUGGCUUCUUUCAUUGAUCUUUUUGUUUGUGCAGUACUUGCUUACACCAUGGUUGUGACUGAAAAGUGUGAUGCUUAUAGCUUUGAGGUGGUGGCAUUGGAAACAAUCAUGGGAAGGCAUCCGGGAGAACUACUCUCAUCAUUGGCAUCACAAUCUGCUCCCGCUUCCAACUAAUCUAAUGCUUGUGGGAAACAUUGUUCUAGUUGCUAGAAUGGCAAUUGCAUGCUUGCACUCUGAGCCGAGAUCUCGUCCAACAAUGCUGUGUGUAUCUCAAGAGUUUCAAUCCGUCAGGAAGACUUUCGCUACACCUCUUUGUGCAAUUUCACUACUGCAGCUAUGGAAUGCAAAAAUAGAUUUUUAUCCAAUAAAUGAAUAAAGUCAAUGCUUGUGUUUCCUAUCAAAAAAAAUAUCCAUGUUUAGAAAUGUCGAGUACAUAUU